AUGGUUGGUUUAUCACGAGUACUUAAUGCUGGGUUUAUUCUAAGUGGACAAUCUGUUUUCCAGGAUGUUGCUGCCCCACAUCAAGCAUCAAUUGAACAAUAUAAUAUUGUCAAGUACCUUGGUGGCAGCGGUCCAUAUAUUCAAAAUUCAGGGUAUGGGAUUUCUACUGAUAUACCAGAAAAAUGCACUAUUGAACAAGUUCAAAUGAUUAGUAGACAUGGUGAGCGAUUUCCUAGUAAAGGAGAUGGGAAAUACUUUAAUUCAGUGAUGGAAGUUUUCAAGAGAUAUGGUGAAUUUCAUGGAGAUUUAUCUUUUUUAAAUGACUAUGAGUAUUUCGUUACUAAUCCAGAUUAUUAUGAAAAGGAGACUACUCCUAAAAACUCAAAAGGUCCAUAUUUUGGAACUACAAAUUUAUUACGACAUGGAGCUUAUUUUAGAAAAAGAUAUCAAUCACUAUUUGACCAAAAGGAGAAGCUUGUUGUGUUUACUAGUAAUUCUGGAAGGUGUUAUCAAAGUGGUGUCUAUUUCGCUCGAGGAUUUUUAGGAGAUGAUUACUCAGAAGAUACAGUUGAAUUUGUUGUUGUUGAUGAAGACAAAAAAAUGGGUGGUAAUUCAUUGACACCAAGAUACGCUUGUAAAACUUUGAAUCAAGAUUUACACAAAGAUUUGGUGAAUCAGUACGAUAAGACUUAUUUGGACGAUAUUUUAUCUAGAUGGCUAGUAGACAAUCCUGGAUUAGAUUUAAGUGCAGAUCAGGUCUCGUCAUUAUUUCUUUGGUGUGCCUUUGAGAUUAACGUUAGGGGGUAUUCUCCAUUCUGCAAUCUAUUUACAAAAGAUGAAUUUAUCAGAAGUGGGUACCGAAACGAUGUUGGUAAUUACUAUCAAACUGGUCCAGGUAAUAAUAUGACAAAGGUAAUUGGCUCACCUAUGGUGGAAGCGUCGUUGAAAAUGCUUCAAGAAGAUUCAAAAAUUUGGUUGACAUUUACCCAUGAUACUGAUAUUGAGAUGUAUUUGACAUCUUUGGGAUUGAUUGUUCCACCAGGGGAUUUGCCCGUUGAUCGAGUACCAUUUCCCAAUCCAUAUAAUGCAGCAGAAUUUUUCCCUCAAGGUGCUAGAACUUACACUGAAAAAUUGAAAUGUGGUGAAAAGCAAUAUGUUAGAUUUAUUGUGAAUGAUGCAGUUUAUCCAUAUCCGGAUUGUAGUGGAGGUCCUGGGUUUACUUGUGAAUUGAAUGAUUUUAUCAAAUUAGUUAAAAGUCGUUUACAUGAUGUUGACUAUAAGCUUCAAUGUGAAGUGGACGGACCAGCGGAAUUGACAUUUUAUUGGGAUUAUAAAGACAGAAAGUAUAAUGCGCCGUUAAUAGAUCAGUAA